CUAGUCCAUCGAAGCAGUAUUAUAUCGCGACAGCCGAUCUUUAUCGCUAUAUCUAGUGACAGCAUUGCGAUACCAAUCCUGCUAGCGUGCAGCCUGCAAGCAGCGCUGCGAUGGUGGGGCGCAGCGGGGAAACAGGUGUCGCACCAGAAGUGCAGGAUGGGUAGGCAGAGGAAGAGGGUUGGCACCGUUGAAACUGCUCCUCUCCAAAGGAAAGAUGAGAAGCUCUCCACGUUUCACCGCAAGGACAAGAAAAAGAAAGUUGAUAUUGGAAAGGUCUUCAUCAACAUCUCCAUUGGACUUUGCAUCUUCAGCCUAAUCUGGUUCUUUUACGCACUGUACAUGCGGUCCAGCCUGGCCAGGCGGGUGGUGACUCUGCACCCGUCACCUCCUGUCCUGGAUGCAAAUAGCACAAGUGCCAAGGUUUCCCCAGAGCGGUUCUGGGGCUCGUACAGACCUCAGGUCUACUUUGGCAUGAAAACCAGGAGUCCCAAGUCAGUUGUGACAGGGAUGAUGUGGAUGCGUCAGUUUUCUGAUACAGACGUAAACUUGAGGCACACUUGUGAGCAGGGGGAUCGUUUGCAAGGCUAUGGCUGGACAAUGCAUGAUGGGAUUAAUUUUGGUGUGCAAGAGAUCCGAGACAAUGAUUUCACUCUCACCACAGAGUUUGUCAAGAGAAUGGGAGGGGAUCAUGGAGGAGACUGGACCUGGAGAAUCACUGCCAAGCAGCAUAGUGCUGCGCCUCAAGCACCAGUGAUCUCCCUGAUGUUCUAUGCAGCAGCAGACACACAGGGCUCACUGGAGGCUCAAGUGGAAGAGAGAAACCGCCUCGCUUCAAUCACUGGCUCCUCAGAGGAGCUUGGGAACUUCAAGAUCACCUUUCGAAAACCUGUAACAGGGGAACAAUCCAGUGCUAAAUAUGCCAGUUACAACCACCUACAGACUGUGUCUCCAGGUUUGGAGAAGCUGACAGACAUUGUGAAGCACAGCCUAAACCGUAGGUUUGUCUACAGCCCCCCCUCUGGUGAGAAGAGGCAUUACAUUGCUGUAGACACAUACAGACCUCCCCAUAAUCCAAACCAACAGAACCCUGCUGACCCGAGGAAAGAGAGCGACUUCGUGGUCCACCAGGUGACUGUCCAAACACCGUUUCAGAUUGAAGUUCUGUUUGAGUCCGGGAGCUCUCGCGAUCGUCCCAAUCAACUCGUGGGCUCUGUCAUGACUGAGGAACUGGAGAAGAGGAAAGCUGAGUUUGACUCAAAGUUUGAAGAGACAUUUGGACUUAAGAGCAAAGGUUUUAGCCAGGCACAUAUAAAAUUUGGCAAGGCAGCACUGAGCAACAUGCUUGGUGGAAUGGGCUACUUCUAUGGCCAAUCAGUGGUGCAGUCAGUGUACAAUGAGUACCCGCUGCUGUAUCCUGAAGGUGCUUUAUUCACGGCUGUCCCAUCACGCUCCUUUUUCCCUAGAGGAUUCCUCUGGGAUGAGGGCUUUCAUCAGCUACUGCUGAGUAAGUGGGAUCCCCAGGUGACACGGGAGUCUAUUGGGCACUGGAUAGACCUGAUGAAUGUAGAGGGCUGGAUUCCCCGUGAGCAGAUCCUGGGAGAUGAGGCUCUCAGUAAAGUCCCGUCUGAGUUUGUAGUCCAGCGAAACGAAAAUGCCAACCCCCCUACUCUCUUUUUAGCCCUUCAGGAACUUAUUGAACAGCACUCUGCUAAUCUCGACAAGGCAUCAUCUCAACCAACGAUGCACUUCCUCCAACGCCUCUUCCCCAAACUGAAAACAUGGUUUGAAUGGUACAAUACAACACAAACAGGACCCAAACCCAACUCCUACCGCUGGCGCGGUCGGGACAAGGACACAAAUCUGUUUCUCAAUCCAAAAACCUUGACCUCUGGGUUGGAUGACUACCCUCGAGCAUCACACCCCUCAGCAGAGGAGAGGCAUGUGGACCUAUACUGCUGGAUGACCUUGUCUUCAGGCAUCAUGGCGAGCAUCGCUCAGCUUCUAGGUGAACCCCACCAGGACUACGACAUCUUGCACCAAGUUCUCAGCGACAACAAUCUGCUCAAUGAGCUGCAUUGGUCAGAGCAGCUGCAUGCCUUCAGUGACUUUGGCAACCACACCGAGGACGUGUCCUUGAAGCAGGAAAAGGUGUAUGUACCCCACGGACAACCUCGUCAUCAGAUCCCAGUGGCUCGCAUAGUGCGCUCGGUCCGUGGGAAACCGGAGCUGCAGUACGUUAACGCUUUGGGUUAUGUUAGCUUGUUCCCCUUCUUGCUGCACAUCCUCCAGCCUGACUCACCAAAACUCGAACAUAUCUUCCGAGACAUGAGGGACUCCAACAAGCUGUGGACCCCCUACGGCCUGCGUUCGCUCUCUAAGGUCGAUCCUUUGUAUAUGAAGCGAAACACCGAACACGACGCUCCCUACUGGAGGGGCCCUGUGUGGAUUAACAUCAACUAUCUGGCAGUGAGAGCCCUCCAUCACUACAGCAACACAGAAGGGCCCUACAAAGAAAAGGCCUCUGCCCUUUAUGAGGACCUCAGGACUAACAUUAUCAACAAUGUUUACAGACAGUAUGUCGAAACAGGGUUUAUCUGGGAGCAGUACAAUGACCGAACCGGUAAGGGCCAAGGAAGCCACCCCUUCACUGGCUGGUCAGCUCUGACAGUUUUAAUGAUGGCUGAACAGUAUUGAUACUGUAGCCCCCCCAAGCCUUGUUUUUGGAGAUAUUGGCCUUUAUUUGUCUUGAUGUGACUCCAGCAGCAACACAAUGAGGUUAGAAUGUAGAACUAUGUCCAUUAGAAAAACAGACUUCCAUGAUGACAUCAGCCUCUCUUUACAAUAACAGGGUUCACACUGAUGCUCUCAGUAGUGCAGGUGCAGCUACCCCGUCUUUGCCUCCUGUGGAGCCAAGUACUGUCUAGUGCUACGCUUAUGUACUUGAGAUGCAUUAGACUUGAUGAAAUCACAAUCCUGACCAAUUCGCACGCCUGCAUCUGCUUCUUCAGCAGACAGACGUGUAUUUCUUCCUAACAAGCAGGGAACUGGGACAUCAGAUUAUUUUUAAAUGAAUAUGUUUUAUGAGUUUGGUCAACUGGCAAAGAAAAGGCUUUAAAGUUCACUUUCACAAGUUUCACUUGACAAAUAAGGGUCAUUAUCUUUUAACUGUGCCAUUUUUGUUUAAAUCUUAUUUGAUCUUCUUCUUUUUUCUCUUCCUUAAAGGUCAUUUUGUUAAAGUCAGCAUUUUUAAAGCUACUGCUUUAUAUGGCAGCCAUAUUUUGUAUACAUAUCACCUGUUGUUGACCUGCCAAGAAGCACAGCACUGACUGUAAAAUUGGCCCUGCUUUGUUAAACAAUAAAUGGUUUCAGUAAUUUAGUCUUAAUGUGCUUUUUGAGGGAAAUUUUUACCUAUAAGUUAUUAUCCAACCCUGUAACUGUAAUUUGUGGCUUGUGCUCUACUUUCUAAUUAGAGUCGUUACGGCUU